GCCUCCAAGAGCGCCGUCAAUCCCGGUCCCGGAAGGACCGCCGCAAGGAUCCUCGGCCGGACAAACAGAUACAACCUAGUAAGAGCCUCGACCCUAACCUGUCGAGGGAUGUUCGGGAUUCAGAUCAACUUUUGUGGAUCCGACAACAUCGCAUGCUCAACCAUUCAGAAUCUGCGCUGCCGCCGAGCGCUAUACUUCCUGCCAACUCCUCGGGAAUGGAUGCUCUCAUUAUCCUCAUCCUAUGCUACAAUUCUUUGGUAUUUUUGUCCAGUUUUACAGGAACGCCUUGAAUAUCAUGUGUGGCAAUACACAUAUUGAUGUAUAUGGCUUGCUUGCUGUAAGGGAUUCCUUGGAUCCUUCCCGGAACUAUAUUUUUCACCGCUCGAGAGAGAAUGCUCAAGCUAUCGACGUGAAUGGUGGCUAUCUAAGUCUGAGCUACCCUGCACGGGGCAUAUCUGCAAUGGGCUGCCUGAUUGAGAUUGAUAUAAAGAUCAAGGGCAAGGAAGUUGGCAAAGAUUUGUCAAUUAUUGAUGGAUCUGUGAAAGCCUUUGGGCAGUUUGACUCGAGGACUGCUAACCAUGUUGAUAACGUCAAUGGUAAAAUUAUAUUAAAGACACAUGUUGUUCGUAAAGGUGUUGAGGCAACUAUACACCUCGAUUUUGUGGAGGUGCUAACAGGCGGCUUCAAUGUGCGGAUGCAUGGUAAAACUGUCCGUGGUAAAGCUGUCUACUCCUUUAUCACUGAGUGUUGUGAUGAUGACAGUUUUAUAGCCUCACCUGGGAAGCAUAAUAAGAAAUUCGUAGCGGCUGUGAACAUAGGCGAUACACUAUGUGUAGACUUCAUGGAGAAAAAGCGAGAAGCGCUCUCUUUUGUAUCAUCCAAGCACGGCAACGAGCAGCUACCUUACCGAUUCAGCAAUGGAGCUUUGGUCUUUGUUAAAGUCUUUUGGUCAACCAUCGUCGAGGGUUGGCCAUUGGAGAACCUUAUCCCCUCCCGCGUCGCUCCCGUGGGUGAUGGGGAGGGCAACCGCACCACCGCCGCCAGCGCACCCCUCCUCUCGCCUCCUCCUUCCUCGCCGCCGCCGGCGCCAGGGCCCCUCUCAUCUCAUCGUGCGGGGUGGACGGCGCGGGACGACGGCCCCGGACCUGGUGGUGACGCUUUCGUGGGGCUCCACCGCGUGGCGUCCCAUCGGCGCUGGUGCUGGCGCGCGGGUGCGGUGGCGGCGUGA